GGUUUGAUAGCACUGUUAAUUUCUGACAGACAUAUUUUACAAAUUUGUGACAUGAGAAUGAACCUGUGUAAUCUUACAAAUUAUUAAGUAAUAUAAUGAUUUUAUAAUAAAUAAAGAAUAACCAAAAAUCCUUACUUCGAGUAAAAGAUGUAAAUUUGCAAUAUGGGUUGUGUGUGUUGUUCUUUAAGUUCAUUUGUAUCUAUUGUGUUAGAUGCACUCGAAAGAAUAUCAUUAUGCACAGUUUGUGCAAUGUUAACAUGUUGCCUAAUGAUUACAAUAAUCACUGUAAUGGUCUUGGGAGUUGGAAUAGGAUAUCACUACUGUUUUGUACAAAAUUCGGUGGAAUCUAUGGCAAAAGCUGCUGAGGCGGCGGGUGCGUUGCGCUCGGGUCCUCCGAAACCUCAUAGCGGUCACGUGUUGCGCUCUGUGGACAAGGCGGUCCAACGUGGAUUCGCACAUAGGGUCGCGCGCAGGGACGUCGACGAUCCACCACAUUCAAAUUCUAAGGAAAACACUGCAUUAAAAAAUAUUACAACACUAACUAAUUUUACUGUAACUUGACAAUUAUGCAUGGCGGAGACUCGAAUAUGUUUUAAGAGAAUAAAGUACAUUUUCAGCUCAAA